AAAAAGAGAGAGGGAGAGAGAAAGGGGGGAAAGACGGGGAGAAAAAAAAAGAAAAGAAAAAAAACAAACCCUGAGGAGGAGCGAAGGAGCGAGCGCACCGGGAGAACUCGAGAGAAGCGAGCAAGCGGGAGGGAAGCUGCCAGCGAGCCUGCCCUCGGCGCGCCUGCGGCCGGCGCUCGCAGACCCUCUGCCCCGCUCCCGGGCCCCCUGCACGCCUCUCCCUGGCGAGGGGAGCGCCCCGGCCGCGCCGCGCGCCUCAGCUUUGACCUUCAGCGAGCGGAGCCCCCCGCGCCCAGCGUCUCGGCGGGCGGGGGCGCGGGCGGGGGCCGGCGCGGCGGGAGCGCAGAGCGCGGCGCGGCUGGCCCGCCGCUUUGUGUGUGUCCUGGAUUUGGGAAGGAGCUGGUGGCGGCGGCGGCGGCGCUGAGGGAGGAGGAGGCGGCGGCGAGCGGAGCCCGGAGGAGGAGGAGGAGGAGAAGAGGAGGAGGAGGAGGAGGAGGGGGCAGCCUCUCAUUCAUUUCGACUCCGCAUUUCUGCCCCUCUCGGGCCUCUGCUGCGACCCGGACUUCGGGGGAAGCUUGCGAACUGCGUGGCGCCCUCCCGCCGCGGAGGCUCGGGCGUCGGGAAGCCUCUCCCUGGGUUUGGGGUCGGGUUGGCUUUUCUUCGCCAAGACUGAUUGGGGCUCUGCCCCCCUUUCCUGCAGUUUUUCACCCCUACUCCCCCCCCCCUUCGCUUCUCUGGGUUUGAAAAUGGAGGCCGAUGAUGCUGAUAGCCCGCCCCGGCGCUCCUCGGCUUCCCGACUCCGCCGAGCCCUGGGCCGCGGCUGCCGGCGCUGAGGGGGCCCCCACGAGCCCCGCGCCCGGCGGCGCAGCCCGCGCGGGACUCCCGGCCAGCACCUCCCUUGGAUUAUUGUUUUCCUAGCCCUUGUUUUUUGGAGGUGGGGGGGGAGGCGAAGACUGAGUUUGAGACUUUUUUUUUUUCCUCCUACCACUCCCCCCGCCCUAUUUUUUUUUUUUUUUUUUGAGAAAGGGGAAUUUCGUCCCAAAUAAAAGGAAUGAAGUCUGGCUCCGGAGGAGUGUCCCCGACCUCGCUGUGGGGGCUCCUGUUUCUCUCCGCCGCGCUCUCGCUCUGGCCGACGAGUGGAGAAAUCUGUGGCCCCGGCAUCGACAUCCGCAAUGACUACCAGCAGCUGAAGCGUCUGGAGAACUGCACCGUGAUCGAGGGCUACCUCCACAUCCUGCUCAUCUCCAAGGCAGAGGACUACCGGAGCUACCGCUUCCCCAAGCUCACGGUCAUCACCGAGUACCUGCUUCUGUUCCGCGUGGCCGGCCUCGAGAGCCUGGGCGACCUCUUCCCGAACCUCACCGUCAUCCGCGGCUGGAAGCUCUUCUACAACUAUGCCCUGGUCAUCUUCGAGAUGACCAACCUCAAGGAUAUUGGGCUUUACAACCUGAGGAACAUCACGCGGGGGGCCAUCAGGAUCGAGAAAAACGCUGACCUCUGUUACCUGUCCACCGUGGACUGGUCCCUGAUCCUGGACGCGGUGUCCAACAACUACAUUGUGGGAAACAAGCCCCCGAAGGAAUGCGGGGACCUCUGUCCGGGGACGAUGGAGGAGAAGCCCUUGUGCGAAAAGACUACCAUCAACAACGAGUACAACUACCGCUGCUGGACCACCACCCGCUGCCAGAAAAUGUGCCCGAGUGCGUGCGGGAAGCGAGCAUGCACCGAGAGCAACGAGUGCUGCCACCCCGAGUGCCUGGGCAGCUGCAGCGCGCCCGACAACGACACGGCCUGCGUGGCCUGCCGCCACUACUACUACGCGGGCGUCUGUGUGCCCGCCUGCCCGCCCAACACCUAUCGGUUCGAGGGCUGGCGCUGCGUGGACAGGGACUUCUGCGCCAACAUCCCCAGCGCCGAGAGCAGCGACUCGGAGGGCUUCGUGAUCCACGACGGCGAGUGCAUGCAGGAGUGCCCCUCGGGCUUCAUCCGCAACGGGAGCCAGAGCAUGUACUGCAUCCCUUGUGAAGGUCCUUGCCCCAAAGUCUGUGAGGAAGAAAAGAAAACAAAAACCAUUGAUUCUGUUACUUCUGCUCAGAUGCUCCAAGGAUGUACCAUCUUCAAGGGCAAUUUGCUCAUUAACAUCCGGCGAGGCAAUAACAUUGCCUCGGAGCUGGAGAACUUCAUGGGGCUCAUCGAGGUGGUGACGGGCUACGUGAAGAUCCGCCACUCCCAUGCCUUGGUCUCCCUGUCCUUCUUAAAAAACCUUCGCCAGAUUUUAGGAGAGGAGCAGCUAGAAGGGAAUUACUCCUUCUACGUCCUUGACAACCAGAACUUGCAGCAGCUGUGGGACUGGGACCACCGCAACCUGACCAUCAAGGCCGGAAAGAUGUACUUUGCCUUUAACCCCAAACUGUGCGUUUCCGAAAUCUAUCGCAUGGAGGAAGUGACGGGGACGAAAGGGCGCCAGAGCAAAGGGGACAUCAACACGAGGAACAACGGGGAAAGAGCCUCUUGUGAAAGUGACGUCCUGCAUUUCACCUCCACCACUACCUCGAAGAAUCGGAUUAAAAUCACCUGGCACCGCUACCGGCCUCCUGACUACCGGGACCUCAUCAGCUUCACCGUUUACUACAAGGAAGCACCCUUUAAAAACGUGACAGAGUAUGACGGGCAGGACGCUUGCGGCUCCAAUAGCUGGAACAUGGUGGACGUGGAUCUGCCCCCCAACAAGGACUUGGAGCCUGGCAUCUUACUGCACGGCCUGAAGCCCUGGACACAGUACGCUGUCUACGUCAAGGCGGUGACGCUCACCAUGGUGGAGAACGACCACAUCCGAGGGGCCAAGAGUGAGAUCCUCUACAUCCGCACCAACGCGUCAGUUCCGUCCAUCCCCCUGGAUGUUCUUUCUGCGUCAAACUCCUCUUCCCAGUUAAUCGUGAAAUGGAACCCUCCCUCUCUGCCAAACGGCAACCUGAGUUACUACAUCGUGAGGUGGCAGCGUCAGCCGCAGGACAGUUACCUGUACAGACACAAUUACUGCUCCAAAGACAAAAUCCCCAUCAGGAAGUACGCUGACAGCACCAUUGACAUCGAAGAGGUGACAGAGAACCCCAAGACUGAAGUGUGUGGUGGAGACAAAGGGCCUUGCUGCGCAUGCCCCAAAACCGAGGCCGAGAAGCAGGCCGAGAAGGAGGAGGCCGAGUACCGCAAAGUCUUCGAGAACUUCCUGCACAAUUCCAUCUUUGUGCCCAGACCCGAAAGGAAGCGGAGGGACAUCACGCAAGUUGCCAACACCACCAUGUCCAGCCGGAACAGGAACAGCUCGCUGGCAGACACCUACAACAUCACAGACCCUGAGGAGCUCGAGACAGAAUACCCCUUCUUUGAGAGCAGAGUGGACAACAAGGAGAGAACCAUCAUUUCCAACCUCCGGCCUUUCACUUUGUACCGCAUCGAUAUCCACAGCUGUAAUCAUGAGGCCGAGAAGCUGGGCUGCAGCGCCUCCAACUUUGUCUUUGCAAGAACCAUGCCAGCAGAGGGAGCAGAUGACAUUCCUGGGCCAGUGACCUGGGAGGCAAGGCCUGAAAACUCCAUCUUUUUAAAGUGGCCAGAACCUGAGAACCCCAAUGGAUUGAUACUGAUGUAUGAGAUAAAAUACGGAUCGCAGACAGAGGAUCAGCGGGAAUGUGUUUCCAGGCAGGAGUACAGGAAGUAUGGGGGGGCCAAACUUAACCGGUUAAACCCUGGGAACUACACAGCCCGAAUUCAGGCUACGUCGCUUUCUGGGAAUGGGUCAUGGACGGAUCCCGUGUUCUUCUAUGUUCCAGCUAAAACCACAACCUACGAAAACUUCAUCCACCUGAUCAUUGCUCUGCCCGUGGCCGUGCUGCUGAUUGUGGGCGGCUUGGUUAUGAUGUUGUACGUCUUCCACAGAAAGAGGAAUAACAGCAGGCUGGGGAAUGGGGUGCUGUAUGCCUCCGUGAACCCCGAGUACUUCAGUGCGGCGGACGUGUACGUUCCUGAUGAGUGGGAGGUGGCUCGUGAGAAGAUCGCCAUGAGUCGAGAGCUUGGGCAGGGGUCGUUUGGGAUGGUGUACGAAGGAGUUGCCAAGGGAGUGGUCAAGGACGAGCCUGAAACCAGGGUGGCCAUCAAAACUGUCAACGAGGCUGCGAGCAUGCGUGAGAGGAUUGAAUUUCUCAACGAGGCUUCAGUGAUGAAGGAGUUCAAUUGUCACCACGUGGUGCGGUUGCUGGGUGUGGUGUCCCAGGGCCAGCCAACGCUGGUUAUCAUGGAACUGAUGACACGGGGCGAUCUCAAAAGUUACCUUAGAUCUCUGAGGCCGGAGAUGGAGAAUAACCCAAUCCUAGCACCUCCCAGCCUCAGCAAGAUGAUCCAGAUGGCUGGAGAGAUUGCAGACGGCAUGGCGUACCUCAACGCCAACAAGUUCGUCCACAGAGAUCUGGCUGCCCGGAACUGCAUGGUGGCUGAAGAUUUCACAGUCAAAAUUGGAGAUUUCGGUAUGACAAGAGAUAUCUAUGAAACCGACUAUUACCGGAAAGGAGGGAAGGGCCUGCUGCCUGUGCGUUGGAUGUCUCCGGAGUCCCUCAAGGAUGGCGUCUUCACCACUCAUUCUGAUGUCUGGUCCUUUGGGGUGGUCCUCUGGGAGAUCGCCACACUGGCCGAGCAGCCGUACCAGGGUCUGUCCAACGAGCAGGUCCUGCGCUUCGUCAUGGAGGGUGGCCUCCUGGAGAAGCCCGACAACUGCCCUGACAUGCUGUUUGAACUGAUGCGCAUGUGCUGGCAGUACAACCCCAAGAUGAGGCCUUCCUUCCUGGAGAUCAUCAGUAGCAUCAAAGACGAGAUGGAGCUCGGCUUCCGGGAGGUCUCCUUCUACUACAGCGAGGAGAACAAGCCCCCUGAACCCGAGGAGCUGGACCUAGAACCGGAGAACAUGGAGAGCGUCCCCCUGGACCCAUCUGCCUCCUCGUCCUCCCUGCCGCUGCCCGACAGACACUCAGGACACAAGGCCGAGAACGGCCCAGGCCCUGGUGUGCUGGUUCUCCGAGCCAGCUUCGAUGAGAGACAGCCUUACGCGCACAUGAACGGGGGACGCAAGAACGAGCGGGCCUUGCCUCUGCCCCAGUCUUCGACCUGCUGAUCCUCGGAUCCCGCAUCCCGUGCAAACAGUAACGUGUGUGCACAUUCAGCGGCGGGGUGGGGGUGGGGGGGGGAGAGUUUUCACAAUAUAUUCAAACGCCUCCUGUACCUCAGUGGAUCUUCAGAACCGCCAUUGCUGCCCCCGGGAGACGGCUUCUCGUCAGUAAACACAUUUGGGAUGUUCCUUUUUUCAAUAUGCAAGCAGCUUUUUAUUUCCCUAACCAAACCCUUCAACUGACAUGGGCCUUUAAGAACCUUAAUGACAACACUUAACUAGCAACAGAACACAUGAGAAUCGAUUCUCCUCACUCCUUUUCCCUCUCUCUAUCUUCUCUCUCUAACACAUUUCUCUUUCUCUGCUUCAUAAUGGAAAAACAUUGGCCACCAGUCCAGCCGCAAAGCCCUUUUUAUCAGAUCCAGGAAACAGCUGUCCAGGGGGAUCCACGUUACACCUAGAAGUACCUGCCUGACACUGUAGGUCUUUAUAACAGCCAGUUGAGACUUGGAUUUUUUAACCUUAUCUUUGACCUUUCUAGGGACAGAUGAAAUUUUGAAAGGGCCAUCACUCAUCCAAGUUCGUUACCAUUUUAAUGCUGCCAAAUUUUGCCAAAACCCUGAACCUUUGCCCUCAUGAUCCCUGCACUUAUUUUCUUAUUUCCAGAGGCAUGGAGAGAGCAUGGUGUUUAGUUACUCCAUUUAAGAGAAAUGUUGGUGAUGCACGCCAUCUGAUCAUUCACUGGUGUUCUUUUGAAGUCUCAUGUUCACAAAGAUCUAAUUGCUUUUGACUAGAUUAUCAUUUGGGGGAACUGGACAAAAUGGGACUUUCUCUCAGUGACAAUGGGGAGAAGCUGAACCAGCUUCCCUGCCCCACUUCCCCACUCCCACCCGCUGGCUCAAGAAUUCUGGAGAAAGCGGGCCCUGUCGGGAGCCUGAGAUGCAGGCGUUGAGCAAAGGCCAGCCACAUGCCAGUCCCCUCUGCCCCAGCCCCCCUCCCGCCCCCGAGGACGCAAAUGGGAAGGGACUCCCAGGGACUCAGCCCGACCGGUCAUGCAGGUUUGCAAGGAAAGAGAUUCAGGCACCACCACCACAAUAAGAAGAAAAGCAGUACAUGGAUUCAAGCAUUCUAAGCUUUGUUGACAUUUUCUCUGUUACUAGGACUUCUUCAUGGGUCUUACAGUUCUAUGUUAGACCAUGAAACAUUUGCAUACACAUCGUCUUUAAUGUCACUUUUAUAACUUUUUUACGGUUCAGAUAUUCAUCUAUACGUCUGUACAGAAAAAAAAAAAAGCUGCUAUUUUUUUGUUCUUUAUCUUUGUGGAUUUAAUCUAUGAAAACCUUCAGGUCUACCCUUCUUCCCUUUCUGCUCACUCCAAGAAACUUCUUAUGCUUUGUACUAGAGUGUGUAACUUUCUUCCUCUUUUCCCAGUAACUGAUACUUCUAUAACAUAAUUUGCCAUGAACUGUUUGAUGCCUUUUUAUAAAUACAUCCUCCCCUCCCCACCCCCAUCACCCCAUUAGUUGUCCUCUAACCCAUGGGCUCUGUGGGCACGAGGCUGGAGAGGGAAGGAGGUGAAGGGAGACAUGCCUGCCCCCCGGAGGGCCCCGGGCCUGGCUGGCCACUCUCCUUUCCUCCACCUGCUCUCACACAGCAUUGAGUCUGUUACAGUGCACGACAUGAUACAAACUCAGGUCAGAAAAAAAGGUUAAAUAUUUCGCACAUCCUCAUUCAGUGUUUCUAUUCACCAUUGUUGAAGAGUCUCACCUUCUCUUUCCCUUGGCCUUUGUUUUGGUUGUGACACAUAUAAAUAUAUAUAUAUAUUUUUAAUUCUUGGGUACAACAGCAGUUUUCACUGCAGACACUAGGCAUUUGGGUUGCUAUUUUUUUAAAAUGGAUAUUUAAUCCUUCCAUCCCAUUAAAAAAAAAACAAAAAACACAAAAGACAAAAAAAAAAACACAAGCUGCUGAGUCCAAGGGUGCAGCAGAGCAGGGGCCAGCCUGCCCCUCUGUGGUCUCUCGCCACCAACCUCGCCAGACCGACCUACCUUUUAGAGUCAGAAAAUCCCAAGGUACUCCCUUUGCGCUGGCAGGGAGCUGGACCCUGGGCUCCGAGCUGGCCCAGGACCGGCGUCCUCAGGGGGCUUAGUAAGCCCACCUCCAGGUCGGCCAGCCGAGGGCCAGGUCGGGCAGGACGGGCACCAGCGUGGCCAGGCGCCUUCUGGCUCCCAGAGGCCCAGCGCCCUAGUGCCACACUCGUCCUUGGCCAGGAAUGCAAGUCCUCGGGGUCUGGGGGUUUGGUUUUGUUUAGAUUUUAGCACUUCUCACCAGAGCGAUGACAGCACAAGAGUUGCUUCUGGGAUGGAAAUGUUUAAAUUAUGAGUAAGGAGAAAGUGAAAAUAUGAUGAUUGCUAGUCGUGACUGGAGAUUAAACACAAAAAAGAAAGUUUGUAGUGGUUUUCUGCUUGUCAGUAGUUUCAGUCCCACUAUUUUCUCUAGCCUCUGCCCCAUAGAUUUCCCCCUUAAAAAAAAAAAGAAAAAGAAAAAAGUUCAGAAAGAAGGUAUUAUAUGUAGUUUUCUUUUAAUUUAUUUUGUGAUACCAGUUUCAAUCACUGUAGAGACGCCCCAUUAUGAAUUUAAAUACUGAGAAAAGGGUUUGCGUGUGUAUGUUUGUGUGUAAGACAGGACAGUUGUUUUGAUUUUUUUCCAAACAUUUAUCUACCUCACUCUUAUUUUUUAUAUGUGUAUAUAUAAAAAAGAAUACAUCUCACAUUUCUCAGCACCUGACAAUACUCCGUUGAUACUGGUAACCUCAUCCACACCACAGGCCACACACACCAGGUGAUGCAGGGGAGAGGCCAGUCUGCAUUCCGGGGUCAAAGCAAUGCUAACUCUUCUCUGCUCAUUUCCUAAUGGCUUGCCUUUUUCUGAGAUGUCUUGUUUUGUGUUGCUUUCAUUCCUUUUUUUUUCCCACCUUGGCUUUGGAGGUAUUAGGGUUUCCCUCCUCCCCAGCCCAGCGGGCUGUAGACUCCCAGGGCUCCCUGCCCUCUGCUGUGAGGGGACCAUGGUGGCAUGCAGCAAGGAGGCCACGUGGCUGUCCCGGGCUGUCUUUGAAACAAGCUAUGCAGACCGAAUGAUGAACAGACUUCAUCAUUGAAAGAGCAGUUGUUUCCCAGGUUUUGAGGACAGGAAGGGGUGCGGAGAGUGGCAAGCAGUCUCUGGGAGAAUCCCCAACGCAGAUGUGCAGUGUCUGGGGUUUCCUCCUCUCAGCUGCUAUUUGUGCAGCCCUGAGCUGGGGCCUGCACCGCGGCUGCUGCGCUGGUUAAAUUCUGCGGUGCAGCCACGUUCCCAGUUUGAGAGCUUGCCCGCCUGUCCGCCUUUCUGAUCGAGACUGCAGAGGUUCCUAAUGGAACAGCCUGUUGAUACAGAAUGUACUGGGGAGUUAAAGGCCCCUUCUCCCUCUCCAGACGGUUCUCUCAACUUCACCCUCACCUCCUCCUCCCCAGGGGAAAACAAAGACGUACCAAACCCUCUGGAUGGAAAGGGCUGGUGGCCAGCGCUGAGCUGCCCUUCUCUCCGCGGUGCUGCGCCCUCCCGUCUGGUCGUCCUGCUGCUCACAGGGGUGGAAGGUGCGAUCCUUGAUUCCAGCAGCUGCUCUUACAGGCACUGGUGAUUUUAUCUGGGAAACGUGGUGGGUGCCUUUCCCAAAGCAUGGAUGGCGCCUUUAAAAUUCCAGUCCUGCAGUUAAGCUCAGGAGCAUUUUCUCUCCUGCAAGAACACUACCCUUCUUUCCCACGUCCCCUGGGAUCAUAAGAUGAUUGAGAAAUAUCGUUUGAUCAGGGUUUUCUUCUUCCACACUGUAGGUGACCCCCUGGAAUAGUGAGACCUCUCCUCUCUUUUGCACAAACCUCCCGGUUUCCACAACUGGAUUUCUACAGAUCAUUCAGCUGGUUAUAAGGGUUUUGUUUUAUACUGUCCAAGUUGUUGGUUUCAUUUUGUUUUUGUUCUCCGUAGGUGGUUUUUCUUUAAGUAGAAAGAAAACACUAAAGAGUGUAGUGCCCAUCGUAACAAAUGCUUCAGAAACAAAUAAAAGAGAAAAUUUUGCUUGUGUGAUGGUGCAGUCAUUUUACUGGACCAACCACCCAUCUUGACUUUACCAAGGCAUCAUCUAUUCACAGUUCUAGCUGAAUUUUAUGCUACUUUCCCCACCUCUUCUUGAUUUUUCUCUUUUGUAUGCUCCAAAUAAUUUUGUAAAUCUGAGUUGUGGCAUCUUCCACACAGCCUCUUUCUGACAGCAGAUCACACUGCUUGAGAUAACAUGAACCACUGAGGCACAUCAUUGAAUUGAUGUGAGCACUAAAACGUUACCACACACAGCCCUUCCCUGAGGCAGCAGGAGCUCGUUUAUCCUGGAGAUACCAUUGAACUUCAGCUGCCUGAACCCAGCCCAGCCCAGGUCUUUGUGUGAUGUCAGGAUGCUGACGUGGGACACACAGUUGAGAUGAGCUUCCUCCUCGGAGGGUGCAAGACAGUGUUUGUGGCUAGCACUGGCUUCUCCUUCCAGCCUGUUUCUUAUGACUCUGAAAAACAUUUCAACGGUAGGAAAAUGGCUUUAGUCAACUAGAAAAGCUGUUACUGUGGAACUACCAAAUGGCAGAAUGCUUGGUAAGAAGUGGUGCGUUUCAGUUGGAAUAACAGAUUUAUAAGCCAAGUAUGAUGCCAAACUCUAGGCCAGUUUGUUCCACCAAAGCCUCUUCCUUGGCAGCCCACCUCUCUCUGCAGGUGGCUGUACCUGAUGCAGGCCACUGCUAUGGCAAUGUGGCACUGAGCUCAGAUCAGUGAGAAGGCUAGGAUGCUCGGUCCAAGGUCCUCAGCUGUCACUGUUGGGUUUCCCCAGGGUGGCCAGACAGUGUUGAUGACCCUUCCUUUCCAAAACAAUGGCACCCUCCAGUUGACAGUAACACUCCAUGGUAUGCCUUGGCCCAUUCCAGUAGUACCUGUAAUGCAUUUAAAGUUUUGGGUUUGUUCUUUAGUUAAUGUUACUUUUGUGUUUGUCAGCGGUCUUCAUUUCCUGGGCUAAGCAGUGUUGGGAGCUAUGGACCAGAGAUCCACUCCUUAAGAACCAGUGAAAAAAAGUCAAACUUUUGUACUCCACUCUGAAGUAGUUGGUGGUACAGAUGAGAACUUCAAGAGAGGAUGUUAUUUUAGAUUGAACCUCUGUUGCCAGAGAUGCUGAAGAUACAGACCAUGGACAAGCCAGGUGAUUGCUUUUUGGCCUCCAGCUUAUAAGUCUAGGCAGUCAUUUGGAGAAAAAGCAGAUGGACCCUCCUUGAUGGUGGCAUGAUCAGGCAGUAGGAAGCUGUUGGGACAGGGAUCGUGGCAUCACAGGAACAGAAGAAUUGCAAGCAGAAGGGUACAGGGCUUGGAAGAGGUGUGGGCCCUAUUUGGAACUGAUGGUUUCUGAAGGUAUCAGACCACAUCAAGGCUCAACAGUCAUCGUGGGCAUUCGAUUUCAACAAAUAAACCUAACAUUCUACUUUGGAAACUCUUAUUGAGGAGUUAAGUCAAAUUGUUCAAGAAUGCGAGCUAUAUCACACUUGUUAGUCGUCAGUUCUGGGGCAUGACUUUAGGGUUUUGUUUCGUUUCUGCAAAAUAUAAUGAUCACUCAUUUGUAUGUCCACGUUUGUGUGUCCGCAUCGUUUUGGUAAACAUUUUUAGUCACUCAUUAGCAUUUUCAAUAGGGCUCUUAAGUCCAGUAGAUUACGGGUAGUCAGUUGACGAAGAUCUGGUUUACAAGAACUAAUUAAAUGUUUCAUUGCAUUUUUGUAAGAACAUAGAAUAAUUUUAUAAAAUGUUUGUAGUUUAUAAUUGCCGAAAAUAAUUUAAAAACACUUUUUUUCUCUGUGUGCAAAUGUGAGUUGUGAUCCAUUCUUUUUUUUUUUUUUAGGACACUGUUUACUAGCUAGCUUUACAAUAUGCCAAAAAAAAAAAAUCUUUCCCUGACCCAAGCGGUGGUUCACCUCCUUCUCCCCAUGCUUUGUGCCCUAGUUUAUAACAAACGAAGGAUGAUGAUUUAAGAAGUAGUUCUGUAUCUUCAGUAUCUUGGUCUUCCAGAACCAUCUGGUUGGGAAAGGGAUCAUCUUUUACUGGUCAUUUCCCUUUGGAGUGUAGCUACUUUAACAGACUGAAAAACCUCACUGGUCACGGAAACAGCAGAGGUGUUGUAGCCCAGCCCUGCACACAGCACUAUUCGGCAUCUGGCUUGGUUGGUUUGCUUGUUGUAAUUGUUUGCUAUGCCAUAGAAAUGGAAGGACUUGAUUGCACAGCUGAUGGUUUUCAUGAUGAUCACAGCAUACAGAUUUAUCACACAAAAGGUGGUAACUCUGGUGCACCCAGGCCAUUUGCGUACUUGCCUCAUAUCACAAUUAAUGCUUUAUUAUAACGAGAAAGGGACCCUAUUUAUUUUUAUUUAAGGCGGGACACCGAAGAUACAUUUUUCCAGUUUAAAAAAAAAAGUUCUUUUUAAUAAAAGCUACCGAAAAUUUUAAAAAAAGAAAAAAAGCUUGACUCCAUUUCCUCUAGCUCUCGAUGGAUGAUUUGCCAUGUCUACACAACUCCACAAAAUUCUCAAUGUUGGAAACAUCUGGAUGCACUACAUAGCAGAAAAGUCCAGAAACAAUUUGGGUUUUUUUGGUUAGCUUUUCAUUCUGUUGUUUGGUGUUGCAUAGACACAUCCACAGGUGGAAUAAAUGCCUGGUGAAAACACCUGUCUGCUUUCUAAGCCAGUGAGGUUGAGGUGAGAAGAUUGCCAGAGUUUGUCUACCUCUGGGACAAAAAUCAAACCAGAAGGCGCGAUGGAAUGGAUGCAUCACAAAUAAUGCAUUUUCUGAGUUUCUUCUUUAAAAAAAGUUUUUUAAAAAAAAGUUAAAAAAAGAGGUAAUAACAUGGCCAAUUUGUUACAUAAAAUGACUUUCUGUGUAUAAAUUAUUCCUAAAAAAAUCCUGUGUUUAUAUAAAAAAAAUCAGUAGAUGAAAAAAAUUUCAAAAUGUUUUUGUAUAUUCUGUUGUAAGAAUUUAUUCCUGUUAUUGCGAUAUAUUCUGGAUUCUUUACAUUAUGAGGGAAAAAAAGAAACUUUGUCUAUUUUGAAUGGCUGAAGCUAAGGCAACUUUAGUUUCUCUUACUCUGCUUUUUUCUAGUAGUUAAAGUACUACAUGGUUUAAGUUAAAUAAAAGAAUUCUGUAUGC